ACAAUGACGACGACUACGGUGCUGCUAGCUCGAGGUCAAGCAGGCCAACUCCAUAAAUCUGACAUCCUCUGAGCUGAGCUGAGCACACAACAAGUACAAGCAGAGACACCGAUCGAUCGAGCGAGCGAGCUGAAGGAGGAGAGAAGAAGUCGAUCGCUUGCGCAGGGCGAUGGGUGACACCCGCGGCAGCAUCGCCUUCUUUGGUACCUACAGGCCGCCGGUGGAGCUCGACAUCUUCUCGCUCCCUGCCGAUCCGGCGGCCAAGGCGUCGGACGAGUGGCCCCUCACCGACGGCAAGUCGUACAACCACAACGGUCGGGAAAUCCCGGCGGCGGCGCUCAAGGAGCUCGUCUCGGUCCUGCGCAAGGGCGACCCCAAGGCGGGCGACGCGGCCAAGGGUCUCGUCUUCGUCUCCGAGAGGGACAACGGGCUCGAGACGCUGCACGUGGCCCUGCACGCCUCCAGCGACGACGAGUCGCCGCCCAGGGUGCUGCGCCUCGCGGACAUCUACGGCGCCGACACCUUCGGCGGCGUGCGCCUGGAGGACAGCGGCUGCUUCGCCGGCGGAUUCCGGGAGGGCGGCCGCACCGUCGGCCACUCGCUCAUCUACGUCUCCACCAAGGACCCGGUGAGAGCCCGCCGCACCCCGUGGACGGUCGUGUACAAGACCAACCUUGCCGACGGCAAGACCGAGCGCCUCACUCCACCAGAUCAGUACGAUCUGAGCCCGGCCGUGUCGCCGUCGGGGAAGAAGGUGGCGGUGGCCAACUUCCAGUUCCACCGUUGGAACGGCGAGAUCGAGCACCUCAAGACCGACAUCGCCAUCAUGAACGUGGACCGGCAGGCGCAGGGUGGCCUCCGGCGCAAGGUGAUCAUCAGGAACGGCGGCUGGCCCACAUGGGGCAGCGACAACGUCAUCUUCUUCCACCGCGGCGAUACGAAGCCAGGGACGAUCAACACCUCCUGGGCUGUGUUCCGGUACGACAUUGCCGCCGGCAAGGAGGAACGGGUGACGCCGGUCGGCAUCGACGCCAUGACUCCGGCGGCCAUCAGCGAGACCAGGGUGGCCGUGGCAACCGUCCGCAAGAAGUCACUGCAGAACAUCAUGACCGCACCGCGGGAGGAGGCGCAGUACCGCCACAUCGAGAUCUUCGACACCACCGCGCUCGACCGGCCGGCCCAAAUCACCCUGAGCGCGAGGGGAAAGGCUGACCACUACAGCCCCUUCGUCCUCGACGGCGGCAGCCGCAUCGGCUACCACCGCUGCCGGACCGACAAGCUGGUCGUACAGAAUGGAACUGCUGUCGCCCAGAAGAACUUCGAGAAGGUGCAGACCCCGGCGUCGCACAAGGACGUGGGGCUGCUCCGGGUGGCCGGCGUGUUCCCGAGCUUCUCCAAGGACGGUUCCAAGCUCGCCUUCGUGGACAACGAGUUCAAAGCGGUGUGGGUCGCCGACAAGGAAGGCCUGCACGUGAUCCAGAAGUUGAAAGGCCAGAACAAGGUGUUCUCGACGGCGUGGAACCAGAACCCCGACAAGGACACCCUGUACAUCUGCGUCGGCCCGGCCUUCACCCGCAAAAGCGUUGUGGACAUCUACCGCAUCGUCAGGGACCAGGCCACCGGCGAGUGGACGGACAAGAGGCUCACCACGGGCAACUUCAACAACGCGUUCCCGUCGAGCAGCCCCGACGGGAGCAAGUUCGUGUUCAAGUCGACGCGCGACAGGCUGGGCGGCGACGGCGACAGGAUGCAGACGAACCUGUUCGUCAUGGAGGACGCCGACCUCGGGGAGUGGGGCGAGGGCACGGUGACGCAGCUCACCGACGGGGAAUGGGUGGACACCCACUGCAGCUGGUCGCCCAGCGGCGACUGGAUCGUCUUCGCCUCCUCCCGGGACAAGGACCCCAAGGCGCCGGGGGGACCCCUGGACGCCGGCUUCUUCAGCAUCUACCUGGUGAACGCCGGCGAGCGCGCCCCCGACAAGGUGCCGAAGCCGGUGCGCGUCGUCCACAGCUCGGACACCUUCAUAGGCCACGUGAACCACCCCGUGUUCAGCCCGGACAUGAGGAGCCUCGUCUUCACGUCCGACCUCGCCGCGGUGUCCGUGGAGCCCAUCUCCAUGCCCAUCUUCAUCCACUCCGUCAGGCCAUACGGCGACAUCUUCUCCGUCGACCUCCGCGACAAGGACGACAUCGCCAAGAACAAGGACAUCCAGGAGUUCCACCGCCUCACGCACAGCCGCUACGAGUACUCCACGCCGGCGUGGACCGAGUUCGCCGCCGUCGACCCCAACGAGCAGUGGAACAUGCUCAAGACCAUCAGCGACAAAGGCUACAAGCCGCAGUGCCCGUACCUGCACGGCAAGGACGCGGAGGGGUGGCAGCUCACCGGCCACCUCACCAUCCUCAACGGCUCAGGGGAGAAGCCCGGCACUUUGAAGAGGUGCUGCUAAUUAAAGGUGUUCGAUCGGCUGCUGCUUCGUUAUCCAUUGUAUCGUAUCGUUUGAUUUCCUACAUGCGGAUUUUCAUUUGAAGUUUCUUUCUGAAUUUCCAUUUCCAAAAAAUAAAAGGAGACGGGGAAGCAAAGCUCUGCUCUGCUCUGCUCGCUCGCUGUUUUAGUUUUUUUUCAAGGGAUUAUUGUCCGUUUCACCUUUAUUUAACUACGUGUUCGAGUUACAAAAAAAAUGAAACCGAAAUGUUUUGAGCUAUAUAAACAUACUUUGAUGGUCA